AUGGAAAUAUUGAGCGAUAACGAAGAAUUUUCACCUCCAGAAAUUACAGAAAAGGCGACAAAUGCAGUUAAUAAUAUACUACCGGACAAGUCCAAGAAAAUUUACGAAAAAUUAUAUGGACAAUUUAUGGAUUGGAGAGACACCAAAAAUACAUCAUCCUUCUCAGAAAAUGUUUUGAUAGUAUAUUUUGAAGAGUUACAACAAAAAAUGAAACUUUCAACUAUAACAGUGCAAACCACGACAAAACGACAAAACAAGAUGGCGAACGAUUUGAACGUAAUUUGUGGUGUCUGCAGUGUUAAAUGUGGUUCUGGGUCAAUUUCGUGUACAAAAUGUGUCAAAUGGUACCAUUCUAAAUGUGUAAAAUUGUCUAAUCAUCAAUUAAAUCAUUACAACAAAGAACUAAAACAACAAAACGGUGAAAGAUGGGUUUGUGAAUCCUGUCUGAACAUUGAGGUUAUGUCAAGUGAAAAUCGAAACCAAAAUAAAAGGAAAAAGCUGGAUGAUGGUGAUUUUCCCGAGGAAAUCGGAGGUAGAGACUGGUCGAUAAACGACGUGAUGAAAAAGCUUUUAGAUAUGGAUAAAAAAUACAACAUUUUAUGGUUGAAAUACGAAAAACAAGUUGAAGUAAAGGAUAUUUACAUAGCAAGGCUUAAGAGGAGAACCGAAGAUUUCGAAGACACCGUUUUUGACGCAGAAAAAGUGUAUGUUGAUCAAAUUGAUACGCAAAAAAAGGAAAUAGCAAAACUGAAUAAUGAGUUUAUGCAAGUACUAGCGAAAAAUUCAAGUUUAUUGGAAAACAUUGAGGAUUUGGAGGCUAGACAAUUGAAGUUGUCAGGGGAUUUGGAUGAAGUGAAUCUACUUAGGAAUAGUAUGUUGACUAGUAUUGAAACACUGUCAAGAGAAAAUGAGUACUAUGUUAAUGAAAUGAAGAAAGCAAACCUAAAAUUAUUCAGACUAAAGGAGAUUUGUGGAGCCAUCACAGAAAAAGAUACUUCUGCUGAUAAAGAAACCCAGACCUGUACAAAAAAUACUGAAGUAUCAUCGGGGAAAAUAUGGUCAUAUACGACAUGUCUAAGUAUAAUAAUUAUACAUAAAAAUAUAAGUGUUCAUGCUGUUAUCAGCAUAAAGUUGGUGGCUAAAGCCGCAUCCAACACAGAACAUAUUUACAAAACUGGAAUAGAGGAAGCUUGUGAGCAGAAAAGUACAAGAUCUAAUGCCGCGGCUGGUGUUUCAUAG